CGUUAAUGAUUAAAUUUCAAAAUCAGCCACUCAACUAUGAUGUUAAUGGAUAUCCAUAGCCUAAAUACCAAUAGAUGCCUCCAAAAUAACAAAAAUAAAUGCCUAAUUAAGGGUGUUUCCAAGAAACCUUUGGAUAAUAAUAAUAUUAUGGCAGAUAAAUGAUUCCACAAUAAUAGGACUCUAAAAACUAUCAAUAGCCUCAAUAGCACCAAUAAUAGCAAGCACAAAAUUACUAGAACUACCCUUAAAAAUAAUAAUAUCCAAAUAUGCAAUAAUAAUAAUAAUAUUAACAGUCAUAAUAAUAAUAAUAACCUCAAUAAAAAGCAGACCCAAGGUACUAGAAUGUUUAAUUCACAGCCAAAGAAUUCAAUCAAUUAUUCUACAAAUAAUAAUAAUAAUAACAAUAACAAUAAGCUCAAUAAACUAGUUAAAACAAACCAAAUGAAAACCAAGAAGAAAACAAGUACACUUAACCUUAAAAAGUAAAUGGUAAUGAAAGAUAGAUAUCAACUUACUCAUAAAACCAAUAAUAGUUACUCUAAUAAAAGUAAGUUGGGGCACCUGGGAGAAUGCAAUCAGCAGACCCUGUCUAAGCCUAAAAUAGAAAUGCAGCUCCAUUGACUAAUAUUCAGUAAAUAAUACAAUUAAUUUCUUAGAAAUUAGCAAGCAACCAAAACUAGUUAAUAUAUAAGUAAUGGAGGUAUUAAUAAGACCUAAAAUGAUUACUCUUAAAGAUAAGCAACACCAAUGAAGGAUUAAAUGAAAUUCAUGAGUAUUCAUAUUAAUUAAAGUUUAGAUCAAAAGCAGGUUCCAGAAUAAAUCAACCAACAAUUAAUGUAUUCUCCUAUGCCAAAGAGCCAAUUGCUGAAUGAAACAACGAAUUUAGCAAAACUAUAACAACAAUAAUUACAAUAAAAUAAGUCUCCUUAAAUUUAGAAAGUUGGAGGAUCUGGAAUGGGUCCUGCUAUUUCUUAACCGACUAAUGCUUAACAAAUCGUUGAAGAAUUAGCCAAGGAAAAAGAAAGACAUUCAUUGUUAACUGCCAAAUUAAAAAAAUUGGAAUAAGAAAAAAAAACUUAUAAUACUUAAUUUUUGAAUGAAAUGGAAAGCAAAAUUAAAACUCUAAUCUAACAAAAUGAUUAACUAUAAAAUCUGAAUAUGGAGUAUUUAUCAUUUAGAUAUUUUAGAUUAUUAUAGAAGGCUUAAGAUUAACCUUAAGGAGAAAUAUAAGAACUUAAUAAGUAGAUUUCAUACAACAGCCAACAAUUAGACUUCCUACAAAAGUAAAUUAAUGAGGCUCAAAAGCAAUUAUAAGAAUAAAUGAAAAAAUACAAGGAGCUUGAAUAACAAUAUUAGGAAAAGAAUUAGGCUGAAGAACAAUAAAUUCAAUAUUUAGUUACUGAUUUGGAGGAGAAAGUUCAUGGUUUGAUUUCUGAAAAUGAAAGAUUAAAUUCUUUAAUAGCAUAAUAAGAUAGUAACCCAAAAAAAGAAUAAUUGCAACAAUUAACAAAUGAAAAGAAUAAGCUUAUUUCUAUGGUAUCAUUUAAUUUAUAUAGUAGACUCAAUAAAGCCAGAAAGAAGUGUAAAAUUGGAAGAGCAAAUAUGAAUAGUUAUAGCAAAAACUCUAAUCAGCAGACAAGUUCUUAGAGCCACAAGGAGAAUAAGUUGAAGCACUUGAAGAAAAGAUUAAGUCAUUGAUAGAGGAAAAUGAUUACUUGAACACAGUAGUUUAAUAGUAAAUUGAAAGGGAGAAUCAAAUUGCAUUAUUGGAAGAAGAGUAAAUAUAUAAUUAUACCAAUUAGAAUGUAAAAUUUAGUUGAACAAAAUGACAAUCUUGAAAUGUUACUACAAAAUAGCACUAAAAAGUGAUAAAUA